AGGUUUCUUGAAAAAGGAACCUCUGCAUUCUUUCUCGGUAUCAGGCUUGAUUGGUACUGUGGUAAGGUCUUUUCGUAAGGAAAGAACUUCGAAUUGUUUGAUCUCAUAUUAAUAAGGAGAAGUGUGAAGAAGGCAUUUUGAAGUGAAGUGUUGUAAUCAUUGCAGGUGGGAAACUUGGCAUUCACAGAUGACCAGUGCUAUAGCUUCUUCCUCUAACUCUUCUUCUAUCGUGUCUUCAGAAAGAUAUGAUGUCUUUCUUAGCUUUCGUGGUGAGGAUACCCGAAGGAAUUUCACAAGCCAUCUUUACGAAGCUUUGAAGCAAAAGAAAGUUAAAACCUUCAGAGAUGAUGAUGAGCUUAAGAAAGGAGAUGAGAUCUCACCAGCACUGAUUAAAGCCAUUGAAAAUUCUCUCGUCUCUGUUGUCAUCUUCUCAGAGAACUAUGCUUCUUCAAAGUGGUGCUUGAAUGAACUGUGUAAGAUUAUGGAUUGCAAGAAAGAGCAAGGACAGGUUGUGAUACCUGUCUUCUACAACAUAGAUCCCUCACAUGUGAGGAAGCACACUUGGAGCUAUGAGCAAGCCUUUGCAAAACAUGAAGGAGAACCCAAAUUCAACACAUGGAAAGCAGCUCUCUCUGAAGCAGCCAACUUAGCUGGUUGGGACUCUCAAACUUACAGGACUGAAUCUCAAUUCAUUAAGGAAAUUGUUGGCGAUGUUUUGCAAAAAUUGACUCCUAAAUACCCUAACCAACUUAAAGGACUGGUUGGAAUUGAGAACCAUUAUAUAGAGAUAGAAUCACUGCUAAAAAUGGGGUCAAGUGAAGUUAGAAUCCUUGGAAUAUGGGGUAUGGGUGGCAUAGGUAAGACCACCCUUGCCACUGCUUUAUAUGACAAAUUCUCUAAUGAGUUCGAAGGUGGUUGCUUCCUCGCAGAUGUAAGGGAAGAAUUAGACAAGUUUGGAUUCAAAGCUUUGUAUAAUAAACUUUACUCUGAGUUAUUAGAGAAUGACAAUUAUUGUUUUGAUAUACCCUUUUUAGUACCCCAUUUUGUCAAGAGUAGGCUUGGACGUAAAAAAGUUCUCAUUGUGUUGGAUGAUGUGGCUACCUCAGAGCAAUUAGAAAAUCUAAUUGAUUGUGAUUCUUUGGGACCAGGAAGUAGAGUCAUCGUUACAACAAGAAAUAAGCAAAUAUUUACCCAUCUUGAUGGAAUAUUUGAGGUCAAGCAAUUAAGCUUUCAUCACUCUCUUCGUCUCUUCUGUUUUAAUGCCUUCAGAGAGAAACAUCCUAAACUAGGAUAUGAAGAUCUAUCAAGAAAAGCAAUUGUCUAUUGCAAAGGUGUUCCUUUGGCUUUGAAAGUUUUGGGUGCAAGUCUUCGUUCAAGAAGUAAAGAAGCAUGGGAAAGUGAAUUGAGAAAACUCCAAAAGAUUCCAAAUAUGGAAAUUCAUAAGGUAUUAAAAUUAAGCUAUGAUUCUUUAGAUCGUUGUGAGAAGGACAUCUUUUUAGACAUUGCAUGCUUCUUCAAAGGAGAAAAAAGGGGUUGGGUAACGAGUUUACUAGAAGCUUGUGAUUUCGCUGCAGCAUCUGGAAUAGAAACCCUUUUAGAUAGAGCUCUAAUUUCUGUUUCAUCUUUCGUCGAAAUAGAAAUGCAUGACUUGAUACAACAAAUGGGUUGGGAAAUUGUUGAUCAAGAAUCAAUCAAAGACCCUGGGAGACGAAGUCGAUUGUGGAGAGCUGAGGAAGUUUGCAAUGUAUUGAAAUAUAACAAGGGAACUGAUGUUGUUGAAGGCAUAACUUUAGAUUUGCGUAAAUUAGAUGGGGACAUAUAUUUGAGCUCAGAUUCCUUCGCAAAGAUGACUAACAUGAGAUUACUUCAAAUCUGCAACCAUUCGUACAACCAAAAGAGAUAUCAUGUGUUCCUUCCUAAUGGUCUUGAGUCAUUGUCCGAUAAGUUGAGGUACCUACGCUGGGAUGAUUUUUGUCUGGAGUCUUUGCCACCUAACUUUUGUGCUGAAAAUCUUGUAGAGUUUGACAUGGUUCGUAGCAAGCUUAAAAGGCUUUGGGAUGGAGUUCAGAAUCUUGUGAAUUUAAAGAGAAUUAUACUUUCGGGCUCGCGAGACCUAAUUGAGAUCCCAGACUUAUCUAAGGCAGACAAUCUUGAACUAGUAUAUCUCAUGAAUUGUGAAAGCUUGCGCGAGUUGCAUCCAUCUCUGUUAUCUCGCCCGAAGCUUGAGAUGUUGUUUUUAGCGAAUUGCAAAGGUAUCGAAAGCCUUUUUGGGUGCAAGAAUCUUGAAUGCAAGAACAUGUUAUCAGAUGAUUCAGGAACAGGAAUGGGAUAUAUUACAAAAUCAAACCUUUCUGAGUCCAUGCAGCAGAAUGCAUCGAAUUUGUGGUCCUCACAAGCACUCCCUCACAACAUUGGUAGCUCUUUGUCUCUAAAAGAGUUUCCACCAUCCUUAGAACGCUUGGAUGCUUGUAACUGUACAUCUCUGGAUACAGAAUUCACUCAAAAGCUAGUGUUACAACACAUGAUACAGAACCGCAUACCCUACUCUCGCCAACACCCUCUUCAAAUUAAAAAAGAUGCUCGGAAAUCAAGCUAUACAGUGUUAAUUGGCGAGUGUUUCUUAUUCCCUGGAGACCAUCUUAUUGAGGAGUGUAUGUUUCAAACGAGAGAAAGUUCAAUAACCAUUCCUUAUCUUCCACAAUCUGACUUGUGUGGUUUUAUCUAUUGCAUCAUUCUUUCGAAAGGAGAUAUCGGUCCAAUGGUUUUAUAUUGUAUCUGUGAACACGUACCUUUCGGGAGCAGUUCCCAUGUGACACAUCAUGCAAAUUUAAUUUCAGAUCAUGUGAUAUUUUGGUAUCAUGACGUCAGCAAAUUUAACAGAACGAGAGUGGAUAAAAGGGUCUGGAAUCUUUUAAAUUUUACAAGGGGAGCGUAUGAUCAUUUCAGCAACAUAUCAUUUAAAUUCGAUGUUAAUAGAAAUGCUGAAAAUAAACGAGAGUGGAUAAAAGGGUGUGGGGUUUUUCCAGUAUAUGCCUCAGAAUCAGGGUUGAAGUUGGUUGGUAAUAAUAGUACCAUGGAAAUUUUUGAACCCGAAUUCAUUACUCAAACCAUUGAUAAUGAGUCACAACUUAAAGCAAAUGGUGUUGGAGGGUUCAAUAAUGAAAAUGAAGAUGACCAAGAACAGCUUCUUCCUGCGUCAAAGAGGAGGAGGACUACGCCAGAAACCAUAAUUUUCCCAUGAUUUCUUUGUCUUCGGUAUGAAACUUCACCCGCUCCUUCACUGUAGGCUCCUCAGUUGUUGCUUUUUUCUUUAAUGAAUUUAAUCCUUCAUACAUACAAGUUAUCAGUUAGAAAUACUCUUGAUUCUAGAAAACUAUGUCUAGCAUUUCUCGAUAAAAUUGUAAUGUAAUUACAUGUUGAGCAGUUUUAUUGGUUGAAACUCCUGAGCAGAAUAUUGGUGAGAGAUGAAAACUAGCUCGGUGGGAGAGUAAAAAGAGUAACAUUAUGGUAUUCAUUUUGCAGUUUGCCUGGACAAUAGAAAAAACAUAUCGAGUUCUUAUGGUAACGAAUUGAUUCAUCAUUUAGAUGUAAAAGUGUUGUCAUAUGUUGCUUGUAUGAGUUUUACAUUUGUAGUGUCUUAGUUCGAAUUUGUGUUUAUUUUGUUAUUCUAUGAUAACGAUAACUAUUCCUUAUCUUCCAAAAUUGUACUUUUCUGGUUUCGUUUAUUGAUUCAUUCAAUCUAAAGGAUCACUCUCAGAAAUACCCUUAAAAAUAGAAUUGUCAGUUGCAAUUUAGAAAUACCCUUGAUUCUAGAAAAUUAUGCUUUGUAUAUUGCAGUAACAUUGUACCGUAACAACUUGUGCAGGCUUCUUUUUGGUUAAAGCAAUUAUGGAGAAUAUUUAUGUG